UGGAAGUCGAUAUUUCACUAGGUCUUUUGGGCAAAAUACCGAGAAUUAAUGGAUUUUUUAAGAUGAGAAAAAUAGUGUAUUUGGACUUUUUCUCUUAUAUUUUGAGAUGAAUGGAAAAUGCCAUAUAAGCAGUUUUGUAGAGCAAGUCAAGGUCUAUCGAUUGGUAUAUGACUCAAUUUGAUUAGAGGAGAAAUUAUUUGAAAAAAAUUCAAAAAACAAAAAAACUCAGUUUUGAUCAAUUUUUAGGUCAUUUUUUAGGGUAAUAUGGUACGACAUACCCUAACUCUCUUAAAGUAAAUCUUUAGACCGUAAUAUUUUGGAUUCAUAUAUGGGUCAAUAGUGCCUAAGUUUCUAUCAGGUCAGAUCCGGAAUCCGUUGACCUACGUGUUUUCGCAAUGUUCGAUUUUUUCAUGGAACGUCUCUUAAUAGUGUGCACUAACAAUAGUUAUUUAUCAUCUAAUUUUAGGUGGUAAUGAAAAGUUUGCUUAUUUUGGAUUAUUUGAUGGUUAUAAUGGAAAAGCUGCUAGUUCAUUAUGUCGAGACUAUCUACAUGAAGCAAUUCUCUUAGAAAUGUCUAAAUUAUUAAAAGAUAUGAAUAGUUCCGACGUAGAAGAUGCGUUAAUUAAUCGUCUUUAUACACGUAUGAUUGAUCCAUUACGUAAUAAUAGUGAUAUAAAAGAUAUUGGUGAUGUAUAUCCUUUGGCUUAUUUAAAAAUGGAUCAUUUUCUAUCGCGUGGUAUGCAUGAAACAUCUAGUGUUCGUUGGAGUGGAACAUCAGCAUUGACAGCUGUAGUCGUACUAAAUGAUACAAUCGAUGAAUCACUCAUUGAUUUAGAAGAAUAUAAUGAAAGAAAAACUUCGAUUAGUCUUGGUCAGAUUCAUAUAGCUAAUUGUGGAAAUGUUGAAGCAUUAGCUAUUCAACCUGAUAAAGCAUUUUUAAUGACACAAAAACAUACAUUAAAUAAUAAAUAUGAACGUCAAAGAGUAUUAGAUGCAGGUAUUAAAAUAAGUCAGAAUGAAUUAAUCGAUGGUGUAUUUGAAACAACACGUGGAUUAGGUAAUCAUGGUGAUAAAGAUCUAAAAAAAUGUGUUAUUAACGCACCUUAUUGUUUAACAUAUGACAUUGAUUCAUCAAUUGAAUGUAUUAUAUUAGCUACUGAAGGUCUUUGGCAAGCACUUGAUUAUGAUAUUGUUGUUGAUAUUGUUACACAAUGUUUACCAUCACAUGAAAUACCAGAAUCAAAGCGUAAUCAUACAGCAGUUCAAUCUGUACUUGAAAAAUACGAUCCAUCAAUAAUCAUACCUUAUCUACCUAAUGAAGAUGAAGUUAUUGCUUGUAUGGAUGAAAUAUUAGAUCUAUUCGAAGAAGAAAAUGAUAAUGAUGAGAUAAACAAAAUAUAUUUUUCAUCGAUACGUAAUCAUGGUGUACAAUGUUCGGAAACUGAAAUUCAACAAGAUGUAUUUGAUUCUCUACCUGAUAAAUAUCGUCUUCGUUUAGAAUUAUCUCAAAUCAUAACUGAACGACUUGUUUCAGCUGCACUUCUAGCACAAUCAAAAUCAAACAUAAGUGUUCUUUGUCUUUUAUUACCCGGUGCCGCUGUUUAA